AUGCAGAUUGUGCUGGAAGAGCGAGAUCAAUGGGGCGUCGUGAGCGGCGAGGUCAAGCUCGAGGACUGCACCAGUAAUUUGGACCAGCAGAAGUCGCGAAAGGCUCUAGCGAUCAUCUUUCUUGCAAUGGAGGAUUCGUAG